GUCUCGCGCGUCUCGCGUUCUCGCGUUACCGUCACGCGCAGUUGGUCGACACUCGACGCAGGUCUAAUCCAGGUCGCAGGUCGACGGGUGGACUGGUCGUAAGUCGUAAUCGUAAUCAGCGAGAAAAGGAGCAUCACAAUUGGAUUUCGCAUUUGCGUCGCGUCAAAUCAGGUCAGAUCCGUUAAUUAUCAUCGUGAUAAAUAAUCACGCGAAGCAGAGAUGUUUCACGUACGGAGUCUUAUGCGAUCAUCAAUCGUCCUGAAGCAAGCAUCGGGCAAUGAUGUCGUACAGAACAUGCUGUCGCGCGCCGCGCUGGCUGCCGUUCAAACGGCAGCCCGUCGUGGAUAUGCCGAUCACCAAAUUCCGGAUCAUCUCAAGGACGUGCCUGAAGCACAGAACCCAAACUUCUUUGAGAUGGUAGAAUAUUUUUUUCAUCGCGCCUGCCAGAUUAUCGAAGAUAAACUGGUCGAGGACCUCAACAAACGAUCACGCAUACCCAUCGAGGAACGCAAGAAGAAGGUCAAGGGUAUCUUGAUGCUCAUGGAGCCCUGCGACCAUAUCCUCGAAACUACGUUUCCGCUCAGACGCGAUUCCGGUGACUACGAGAUGAUCACCGGCUAUCGUGCCCAGCAUUCGACUCAUCGAGUACCCUGCAAAGGAGGUAUCCGCUACUCGAUGGGCGUUUCACGGGAUGAAGUUAAGGCUCUGUCGGCUCUAAUGACAUUCAAAUGUGCGUGCGUCGAUGUGCCUUUUGGCGGCGCUAAAGCCGGCAUUAAGAUCAACCCUAAAAAUUAUUCGGAACACGAGUUGGAGAAAAUUACCAGGAGAUUUACGUUGGAAUUAGCAAAGAAGGGAUUCAUCGGACCUGGUGUUGAUGUACCCGCCCCCGACAUGGGAACCGGCGAACGAGAAAUGUCCUGGAUAGUAGAUACUUAUGCAAAAACUAUCGGUCACCUUGAUAUCAACGCUCACGCUUGCGUCACUGGCAAACCCAUUAACCAGGGUGGCAUUCACGGCCGCCCUUCCGCGACAGGUCGUGGAUUAUUUCAUGGAUUAGAGAAUUUUAUCAAUGAGGCUAAUUAUAUGAGCAUGAUCGGUACUACACCUGGCUGGGGAGGCAAGACAUUUAUUCUCCAAGGUUUUGGUAAUGUAGGUUUGCAUACGAUGCGUUACUUACAUCGUGCAGGUGCGGCUUGCAUAGGCGUGAUUGAACACGAUGGAUCCAUUUGUAAUCCAGAAGGUAUCGAUCCAAAGGAACUAGAAGAGUAUCGCAUAGAAAAUGGUACCAUCAUUGGCUUUCCUGGAGCCAAGCCAUAUGAAGGCGAAAAUCUCAUGUUCGAGCCGUGCGACAUAUUUGUACCUGCUGCCAUAGAGAAAGUAAUUACCAGUGAAAAUGCCGGACGUAUCCAGGCAAAGAUAAUUGCGGAAGCUGCCAACGGACCAACCACUCCUGCCGCAGAUAAGAUUCUACUCGAUAGGAAUAUUCUUGUAAUUCCGGACCUGUAUCUUAAUGCCGGUGGUGUUACAGUCUCAUUCUUUGAAUGGUUGAAGAACUUGAAUCACGUAUCGUACGGUCGGUUGACCUUUAAAUACGAGAGAGAAUCCAAUUAUCAUCUCUUAGAAUCGGUACAGGAGUCUCUGGAACGUAGGUUUGGUCGUGUUGGCGGCCGUAUUCCCGUCACACCAUCCGAAGCUUUCCAGAAGCGUAUAUCCGGUGCUUCCGAAAAAGAUAUUGUCCAUUCUGGUCUGGACUAUACAAUGGAAAGAUCCGCUAGGGCCAUUAUGAAGACUGCCAUGAAAUACAAUCUUGGACUCGAUUUGAGGACAGCCGCAUAUGCCAACUCGAUUGAAAAGAUAUUUACUACUUACUCAGAGGCCGGUAUCGCUUUCUAAAUAUUUUAGUCACAAAAUUGCAUACAGUGAAUAUAUAAUAACGAUAAAAUCAAUUUUUAUCAAUUGUUCGUAAAAAGUGACUCGAUAUAUCGUCCAAUGAAUACUCUUAGAUAAAGGUUGAUGGUUAUGCCAUUAAGUUGCGAAUAACAAAGUCUCUCAAAACUCUCAAUGGAAGCGUAUCUUAUAUAACAUUGUCAUUUAUCAUGUUUUGCACUAAUAAUUUGCUUCUGUUACACACACACACACACACAUAUACGUGUAUAUAUAUAUAUAUAUAUAUAUAUAUAUAUAUAUAUAUAUAUAUAUAUAGAGAGAGAGAGAGAGAGAGAGAGAGAGAGAGAUUUGUGUAAACCGGAUAUUAAAAAAUCGCCAAGUAACACUAUGAAAUAGCAUUCGAAAAGAAAUCGAUAUUGUUUUAUCUUUUCUACAAGAUAAAUCAUAGACAAAACCAGUGCAUUUUUAUAUUUCACUUUUUAUGCAUACAACUUAAAAUAUGAGAAAGUCAUGUGUUCAAGCUUUUAACAAUAUUAUUGUAUGAGCGAUAAGAAGGAAAUAAUUAUAAUUUUAUCACUUACGACAAAGAAUUGGUUUUCAUCGAAGCUUAGAAAGCGAGACGAGACACGUAUAUCUAACUAGAUAUACGACAGAGCGAUAAAAUUAUAUAUAUAU